AUGGCGUCCGCCGGAGGUUCAGUCGCACGUGCGCAUCACGCUCGCUCCUCUUCGGCGACCGUCGCAGUUAUCCCAGCUGAAAGAUUCGCAGUCCUGUCAUUUCCGCCGUCCCUCGGAAAUUCCGCCGUUUCGUCCCCCGUAGCCGCGCCCGCCGGUGAUCCCGCAGCCAGACUCGCGGAAAGCGCGGCCUCGCCGUCCGCGCCUCCGCCCGCCAGACCCGCGCAAGCGCAGGCGGCGGGGGCGACCGUCCCCGUCCCCGACGCUGCCGGCGGCGAAUGCGCAGCACAGCCAGGUAUAACGACAGAACCACUCGCCACAGCUCCGCUCCCCGUUCCUAGAUCUAAUAGUAGUAAAGACGGCAACUGCGCGUCGGCGAGCCAAUCCGACGGCUUCCAUGGCGGCGGCGCGGCGUCAGAGCCUCCGGCGCGCGCCGCCGCGUCGAAUCCUUCCUCAAGCUACGGGCUUUCGCUGCAGCAGCUACAGCAUCUCGUCGCGCUCACAAACGCCAACGACAGCCCGCGCGACUCCGCCGCAGCCUUCCCGUACGCCGCGACGAGCGACGGGCGGCCCGGCCGGAGCCGCCUGUCGAUUAACUCCGCGCAGCGGCGCCUCGACUCGUGGAAUCGCGCGCGGGAACCCGUGGUGGAAAACAGCAUCGAGUACAUCCGCGCGCAGCGGAAGCUCAAGCGGAGCGGAAGCGACCCCUCGUUGCGGCAAUCCGCGCUCGGCGGGGAGGAUAGCAUGGGCGGCCCGUCGCGGCCGCUAGAGGGCGUCGUUUCGGAGGCGCGGAAAGUUGCGAUGCGCCGGUGGCUCCGCCGCUCGCGGAGCGCGCACACGUUGGGGGAGAAGGACACGGCGGCGCGCUGGAACGAGGCGAUGACGGCCAUCAUCUGGGGCCGUGGCGGCGCCGUCGUUUAUAGACGGCCAGCCGGCGGGAGUUCGCAGGCGCGGCCGUCAGGAGGCGAACGGGGGACAGCAGGGGGUGAGAGCGGCACUCCAAAGCGGGCAGCAGCCUGGGGAACAGCCAGGAGGGGUAGGCGUGCCACAGGGCGCGCAGCAAUCAGGGGGGCAGCCGGGGGUGAUAGCAGCACCCCAGGGCGUGCAGCAGGCAGCGGGACAGCCGGGGGUGAUAGCAACACCCUAGGGCGUGCAGCGGCCAGGGGGAGGGCCGGGGGUGAUAGCAGCAUCCCAGGGCGUGCAGCAGACAGGGGGACGGCCGGGGGUACUAGCAGCACCCCAGGGCGUGCAGCAGGCAGGGGGGCAGCCGAGGGCGAUAGCAAUACCCCAGGACGUGCAGCAGGCAGGGGGGCAGCCGGGAGUGCCAGGAUCACCCCAGUGCGUGCAUCAUCCAGGGGGGCGGGUGGGGAUGAUAUCAGCACCACAGGCCUCACAAUGGCUAGGAGUUCAGUUGGGUGUGACAGCAGCACCCCAGGACGUUCAUCAGUCGGGGGGACAGCUGGGGGCGGGCACUGCAUCCCAUGGCGGGCAGCAGACGCUGGGGUGGCCGGGAGAGGUCACAUCACCUCAGGCUGCGCAGCAGCCAGGGGGGCAGCCGGGGAUCACUGCUCCACCCUGCGGCGUGCAAAGGGGGCGGGGGGGGGGGAGUUAGCAACACCCAGGGGCAGGCGGCAGACGAGGGGGCGGUCAGGGGCGACAACUGCACUCCGGGACGUGCAACAUCCGGGGGGCCAACUGGGGGGGAUGGUAGCACCCCAGGGUGCGCAGCAGCGAGGAGGGUUGCCAGGGGUGAUAGUAGGGGACUAUGAUAUGCAGCAGCUGGGAGGGAAGCCAGGGGUGGCCGCAGCAGACCAGGUCGUGCAGUGGCAAGGAGGAGGGUGUGAGCAGGGUACCGAAUCCCCGCGGCAGUCGGUGACGUUCGACACCCCCAUGGCAGCAGUAGAGGUGGCAGUGGCAUCGGAUGAGGGACACCAUGAGCUGCCUCCUCCGCUUCCCCGCUACCCAUGCAACGUGUGCUUUCACACAUUUGCUACUCGAGGGGCGGCUGCGAGCCACAUGACAGCGUGUCGACUGGCUGAGGCGGAGAGGCGUGCAUAUGCGCUUGGCUUAAUUCCUUCCCUUGCAGAAGAUGGCACACAGGAGAGACCGACAGUGAGGGAAAUCCAGGACGGGGUAUGGGCGGCGGUUCCGUCAUGGGAUUGGGAAGCAUUCUUCUGUGUGGAGGCGGUAGGGGGGAAGACGGUGCGUCGGAUCCCUCAGCGUGCCCGGCUGGGAGUCCUCGAUGCACUACCUGCCGACCAAACCAGGGAUGGGUCAGAGGGCAUUGAUCAUGGAGCAUUUGACGGCGUUCUGGGAGGGGAGAUGGCGUGA